UUGUUUUAUUUAUUUAUUGACUAUUCAUAAACUUUAUUGUAUGUUAAAGUCCAAAAGGUUUGAUAAGUAAUUCGACGUACAUACAUUAUCAAAGUUAUUUGGAGUCAUAAAUUAAAAUUAUAGAUAAAGUAAUCUAGUACAAGUGCGAAGCAAGAAAUCGUGUGAUCAUGAUCAGUGUUCAAACAUUACACUCGUAAACUGGUUUUGUGGUGACUUUUGGACUCUGAAUAACAUAGGCUUGUGAGGCGAAGUAUAUAUUAAAAAAAUAUAGUUUAGUGCUUCAACUUAUACAUAAAAAAUGGCAGAACAAAAGCAGAAAGUUACGGACGAGCAAUUGAAGCAGUAUUUACCUGAUUUACCAAGUGGCCCAUUAGAUAUUUAUAGAAAACAGGCCUCGUUCGACUGGCGGCGUAUGAAACUCGCUUACGAUAACUUAAACACUUUGAAGUUGAAAAAUGAUAUAUGGAAGUUCAUGGAGAGCAACCCGCUGUUCAAGCACACGGAGGCUACCCGAGUCCUGGAUGAUGAGAGGCACAUCACCACCAAGAGGAUGUACACUUACUACAAUGAGAAGUUUUUGGGUUUUGAAAAGAUAAUCGAAGACCCCCAAGCAUUCCAAGCUGAGAGCGAAGCCUUAUUCAUGUUCGACAGCUCCUUCGCCGUGAAAGUCUCACUGACUUUCCGUAUGUUCAGUAAUGCUAUCCAAGGCAAUGGUCAAAGUCAUCACUACCAUCUCCUAGAGGCCGCUGAAAAGGCAAAGAUAGGAGGAUGCUUCGCCUUAACCGAAGUGUCACAUGGCUCUAACGCGAAGGGAAUGAGAACAACAGCUACUUAUCUACCGGAGAAGAGGCAGUUUGUUAUGCAUAGUCCCGACUUCGAAGCCGCGAAGUUCUGGGUUGGGUCUUUAGGUAAAUGUGCAACUCACGCCAUCGUCUACGCGAUGCUGGUGUCGAAGGGCAAAAACCAUGGCCUGCACACGUUCGUAGUCCCUAUUCGCGACCCGACUACCUUGAAGCCAUACCCAGGAGUUAUCGUCGGCGACAUCGGCGAGAAGAUUGGGCUUAAUGGAGUGGAUAACGGAUUCGUAAUGUUCAAUAACUACCAUCUGCCCAAGGAGGCGGCGCUAGACAAGUUGGGAGGUGUGGACGAUAACGGAGAUUACAAGACUCCCUUCAGGGAUCCCAGCAAGAGAUUUGGUGCAGCUCUCGGCAUCCUAUCAGGUGGCCGUGUCCAUAUCACAGCUAUCUCCACAUACUACCUCCAGAAGGCUAUAGUUAUAGCUAUCAGGUAUUCUGCUGUUAGGAAACAAUUUGGCCCUGAGAAUGCUGCUGAGGAGACACCAGUCUUGGAAUAUCAGCAGCAGCAAAUACGUCUGUUCCCGUAUCUGGCAGCUGUGUACGCGAUGAAGAUCUUCUCCGUAUGGCUGAGCACUGUCCAUAUCAACAUGACUAUCAAGAACCUCUCUGGCAGCAGCGACAACUCGGCGGCCGCGCUGGGCAUGGAGCUGCACGCGCUGUCGUCGGCCGUCAAGCCGCUGUUCGGCUGGACCUCGCGCGACGGGAUACAGAACUGCCGGGAGGCCUGCGGGGGACAUGGGUACCUUAAAGCAUCAGCAAUCGGCGAUCUCCGCAACGACAACGACGCGAACUGCACGUACGAGGGUGAGAACAGCCUCCUGCUGCAGCAGACCAGCAACUGGCUGCUCAACGUGUGGGCGCGGCGCGACAAGCUCUCCCCCGAGGACUCGCCGCUCGGCUCGCUCAACUUCCUGCAGGACGCUGAUGCGCUGCUCAAGGAGAAGUGUCCCUGGACCACCACUGAAGAGUUUAUGGAGCCCAAGAACUUAAUUCACACGUACAAAUGGCUGACGGCAUACAUGCUGAAGAGCACAGCAGAGACGGUGCACAAGCUGCGCAGUCAGGGCAAGGACAACUUCACCGCUAAGAACGAGUCGCAGGCGCUACAGGCGGUCACACUGUCCGUCGUAUAUGGAGAGAAUUACGUUUUGAAUCACUUCUACAAGACCGCGUUGGAGCAGGAGGAUGUGAACUGCAGACAGGCGCUGCUCAACCUGGUGUCACUGUACGGCGCUUUCCUACUCGAGAAACAUCUUGGUACUCUGUAUAUUGGCGGCUACCUGUGGGGCGCGGCGGGCGCGGGACUGCGCGCGGCGCUGCUGGCGGGCUGCGCGCGCCUGCGGGGGGACGCGCUCGCGCUCGUGGACUCACUGGCGCCGCCCGACUUCUGUCUCAAGUCCAUACUGGGCGCCGCCGAUGGACAGGCCUACAAACACAUUCAAUCAUCGGUUAUGACGUACCCGGGCGCCAUGUCGCGACCUGAGUGGUGGCGUGACGUCGUCUACUGGGAGUCAUACGCUCCCUCCAAACUGUAAACCUUAUCACAUACACAUAAGAUCCAUUCUACAAUACAACUAGUAAUAUGUGAUAAGUCUUGUUAAACAUGUUCAUCAAAAACAAUAAAGCACUUAAUCUUGGAGUUCCAAAAUAUUUUUUGACUGAAUUCCGAAUUCUGGAAUACACAACGAAAUGAGAAUGAAAACGUGCCGAAAAGGUGCAUAGUGCAUUGCAUAAUAUUAUCUGUUAAAUACUCGACUGUAAGGUAAAUAAUUAUGUAUAUGUUUUUAAGUGCAAUAAAGAUGUAUUUAUAUUCAGUAGAGCUAAGCUCUUAAAUGUUAUCA